AUGGCUGUGGAUCGAAAACAGACAGCUGUCAAUAUUAUUAUUUAUAUCUGUAUUUUUAUGGUAUAUCGAGUAUGCGGUAGUACAAUCGAUAAUGGAGUAAAGGGUGAGCCUGUAUUAGAAUGUGCGGCAGAUAGUAUGUCCAUCAUUUUUAUGACAGAAAAAGAAUUUGAAGGACAUGUUUAUGUGAAGGGCCACUAUGAUAACAGUUUAUGCCGGACAGAUGCCACUCUCAAGAAAAAUGUCAAUUUAACUGUGCCGUUCUCUCUUUGUGAUGUACGAAGGCAACGUUCGAUGUUUAUCACCAAAAUUGAUAAAUCAUAUCAUGUGAAAUGCUUUUAUAUGGAGACAGAUCGUACUGUUACAACACGUCUUGAUGUUAGUUUGAAUAGUGAACAACAAAGGAAGAUUGUUGUAAUGAUCGGUGGCGAUAAACAUCAGGUAAAAGCGCUCACCAAUCGUAACGGUACAUUGGAUGAUUAUGAAAGUGACACAUUUUCAAACGGAAUGAUUACACGACAAAUAGCUCUUCCAACUUGUCGGUAUCAAGUUCUUAUGGACGGACCACAUGGUUCCCCUGUGAAAUAUACAACCGUUGGAGAGCAGGUUUAUCAUCAGUGGUCGUGUGCGGAUGAAGAUGGAACAGUUCCAGAAACAAAUUUAUAUUGUACAACCGUUCAUUCAUGUGUCGCUAAAGAAGAAAAUGGAAAAGAAGUUCAAUUGUUGGAUGAAAAUGGCUGUGCUGUAGACAAAUAUUUGUUGAACAAUUUGGUUUAUACAUCUGAUUUGACCGGCGGACAACUGUCCCAGGUAUUUAAAUUCGCAGAUCAAUCAUCGCUAUACUUUCAUUGUCAAAUACGUCUCUCAUUGAGACGUGGAAGUUGUAAGAGAACAAGCGAUAAUUGUUCAGUUGGACUAACGCGAAGUAAAAGGGAACUUUCCAAUCCUUCUCAAUACAGCGAUACUGACGAAACAGUGGUUGAUGUAUUUUCACAGUUGAUGACAGUAUUUGAUAUCGAUGAUCCAAUAAAUGCUGAUUCACUGCAACGAUAUGAAGCGAAAGAACUGAAACAUGCAACUGUUUGUUUGACACCGAUGUCGUUCAGCUUUCUGUUGGCAAUUUUCACCGCAGAAUUCCUUAUUUCAACCUUAUCAGUUAUUGUCCUGUAUCGAAAAAUCUGCUAUAAAGAGGAAUACUUUAUAGAAUGA